UUUAUCAAUUCUUUGAUUAUCUUGCGUAAACUAAUUGGAUUUUACUCUGAUCUCAGUUAAGAUUUAUUAUUUAUAAUUGUGAGUUUUAAUGAAAUCAACGGAAAAACAAUUUUAGAGUAGUUAGUUUGAUUGAAGAAGUUGAAACCGUUGGGACAAUCCAUUAGGAACAAUUGAUUAUUAUUGUGUUGGUUAUUAUCAAAUGGAAUUCAAAUUAUGGUUUCAAGUGAAGCAAAAAGUGUUUCUUGUGUUCGUUAUUCUUGUAGUUUAUAUAAUUUUUGAAGUUCUCUUUUUGGUGGAAGAUGAUUCAUCUAAUCCAUACUAUGAGAGAAUUGUUAAUAGACCAUCAUUUUAUUCAUACGAUGAAAGAGAUGAAUGGUUUGAAUCGACAAAUUCAUCUUUCUGUGAGCUUCCCUUUAAUAUGGACCCAUAUGAUCCAAUGAUUAAAGUUUUCAUUCAUCAAGAAAACUCUUUUAUUAAUUGUAGUAAAUCAAAUGAUUCGUUUUAUAACCUUAGUGAUGGAAAAUCUUUAUCGUACAUGAAUGAUGUGGAUGGAAUUGUUCAUAUUUUUCGUAUUCAAGAGUACGAUAAAUCGUUGAAGUGUCUUUACCAGCAGUUCGAUCGAGAUGGUGAAUCGGAUAAAAAGAUAAAAUAUUUUGAAUGGAAACCGAUAAUUGGAUAUGAAUUAGAUUUGGAAAAACUCGGAAUCGAGUUUGUUAUAAUUGAAUGUUUUCUAUCGAAUGAAUUAAUUUAUACAAAUAUUCAUUCAUGGCCAAGUCGAGUUCCAAGUUCAUCAUCAUUAAGAAUUGUUAAUAAUUCCUCUUCGUUUUCUUCAUCUUUUGAAUUAACAAUUAAUGAAAGUCAAUUGAUUAAUAAUCGAUCGACAAAACCUUCAGUGAUGUUUCUGAUAAUCGAAUCGAUUUCUUACCUUAAUUACAAACGAUUCAUGUCACAAACGGAACUCGCAGUGUCCAAAUUAUCAAAUUUCUUUAUUCUCAGAGGAUUGAAUAAACUCGCAGAUAAUUCGUAUCCAAACAUGAUGCCAAUUCUAACAGGCCACCGUCCACGCUACGAGCAAUGGCCUUUCAAUAUGUCUAAUGAAAAUGGUCCAUUUGAUGAGGUUCCGUUCAUAUGGAAAGAUUUUAAGGCUUUAAAUUACACCACUGGUUAUAUUGAAGAUGAUCCUACGUAUCAGUUGUUAUCCUAUUCGUUGCAAGGAUUCCGUAGACAUCCCGUUGAUUGGUAUCCUAGACCCUAUUGGUUAGAAAUGGACAUAUUAUUAAGAUCCAAAUACCGUGAAUUUUGCUAUAAUGGCGAACCGAAAAUCGUUCAUUGGUUGAAACAAGUAAAACAAUUUCUCAACAAAGCAACGAGAUCUAAUUUACCUUUUUUCCUUUGGUCAUUUUAUAUUCAAGUUACUCAUACUGAUUUCAACAAAGCUCAAAUGAUCGAUGGAUAUAUCGCUGAUUUUAUUGAUUCUUAUCGUUCUAUUCUUGAUGAUACGAUUUUCAUACUAAUGGGAGAUCAUGGUAAUCGUUAUGGGCUUCCUCUUCAGACUGCUUAUGCUCAGAUAGAAUCUCGAAUGCCUCUUUUUGGUAUUCAUAUUCCACCUAAACUAUUAUCAGAACAUAAACAUUUAUCCGAAUAUUUAAAGAAAAACGAGAAAAAGUUGACCACUUGGUUAGAUGUUCGAGAAAUACUAAAAGACAUAGUAGCUGGUCAAUAUACUCCAAUUGUAUCUUCUUCUAAAAGAAAAGCAUAUUCCGUUUGGCGAGAAGAGGUUCCAUCGAAUAGAACUUGUCAAGAUGCUCUAAUUCCAAUGGAGUUUUGUUUAUGCUCGAAAAAACAUAUUGUUUCAACCAAUUUAGCGUUCGCACGGCAUUUAGCUUCCGUCGUAAUAGAUCAUCUCAAUCAACUUCUACAAGUAAUCGACAAAGAUAUUUGUCUUCCAUUGUCCCUUAAAGAGAUUCACAGUCUCAAAAGUGUCGAUAUGAAUGAUAACCCUCACAUUAAUCGAUCUGAAGUAAUCCUAUCUGUCCAUCCUUCUAAUGGUACUUUCCAAGCUCAGUUAUAUGAAACAGUUGACGCAAUGAACGCUACAAGCUGGUCUGUAGAAGGAGAUAUCUCAAGAAUUAACUCUUAUGGGUUUCAGUCUCUUUGCAUCAUGCAUGAAAAAGUCCUCAUGAAAUAUUGUUACUGUCGAAUUCAAUCGAGACCCGGUCAGAAGCCCAUUUGAAGUUGAUAGAUGAAAAAAAUGUCCAAGAUCAUUUCAUAGUCACUUCACUUCAUUUGGUAAUAAAUUUUUAAUUGUAAACCACGAUUCGGUCUACAAUUU